AUGAGUUCUGCAGCAGUCGUCCAAGGACAAAACAAUGUCCUUCUCGGAGGUCCGCAGUCGGACAUUGUCAUCGGCUCUUGGAAGCCUGUUGAUAUUAAGGAUCAAUAUGUCCAAGAGCUGGGAAGGUUUGCAGUGAUGGAGCACGACAAGAAAAGUGGAGAACAUCUUAUCUUCGAGAAAGUUGUGGGUGGUUUCAUGGUUGAGUCAUCCAUUGACAACAAAAAUUACUACAACCUUCUUGUGGUGACCAAUAAUGGCCUCAAAUGUAUUAUGAAUGGGUUUAAUAGCGCUAUCGUGUGUGAUAUUCCAGCGAAGAAAGAGUGGAAGCUCGUAGCUUUUGUGCGUCUCAACUAA